GUGUCCCCCGAGGGCCCCCCCCGCACCUUCACCACCCUGGUGCUGUGCGAGAAGCCCCCGGAAGAGGGGGGGCCCCCCCCGGCCCCCCCCGACGCCCCCGACGCGCCGUACCCCGAGGACCUGCUGCUCACCCGCCUCUUCCUGCCCGAGGGUCCCUGCGGCCACGCGCUGGAGAAGCUGCAGCCCGGGGACAUCGCGGGGGUCACGGCCAAGACCCUGCGGGUGAACCCCGAAAAACUCCUGCAGGAGCUGCGCCCCCGCCCCAGGUGGGCCGACUCGCCGCCACGGCGACCAGGGGGGGCUCCGGCGGAGUUGGGGGGUCCCCGGGGGGGCUCCCCCUUCUCGACCCGGUGGGGACCCUGCAGCUGCGGGACCCCGAAACCGUGGAAGCGGCCGCCACCGCCCGCACCCUGGCCGCCUCGCUCGGCUCCUUCCGCUGCGUCCACAGCCCCCGCUUCCCCCAGCAGUACGCCCAGUUCGCUGCCCGGCAGGAGCUGCUGGAGCAACUGGAGCAUCUGCAGUUCCUGCUCUCCGACCGCUCGCUGCUGCUGCUGCCCGAGUACCACCAGCGCGUGGCCGUGCUGCGGGCGCUGGGCUACGUCUCGGCGGGGGGGGGCGGUGGCGCUGGGGGGGCGCCUGGCGUCGCUGCUGAGCUGCCACGAGCUGGUGCUGACGGAGCUGCUGCUGGGGAACGUGCUGGCCCCCCUGCGCCCCGAGGAGAGCGUCGCCCUCCUGUCCUGCAUGGUCUGCCCCGGCCGCGGGGAGCCCCCCCCCCACCUGCCCCCCCCGCUGCAGGAGGGGAUGGAGCGGGUGCGGGCGGUGGCGCAGCGCGUGGGGCAGCUGCAGCAGGACUGCGGCCUCAGCCAGAGCGUCGAGGAGUUCGUCGAACAGUUCGGCUUCGGCCUCGUCGAGGUCGUCUACGAGUGGGCUCGCGGCAUGCCCUUCGCGGACAUCGCCCGGCUGGCGGCGGUGCAGGAGGGGGCCGUGGUUCGGUGCAUCCAGCGCCUGGAGGAGACGUGCCGCGAGGUUCGGCAGGCCGCCCGCCUCGUGGGGGAACCGGCGCUGGCCGCCAAGAUGGAGGCGGCCUCCAACAUGAUCAAACGCGACAUCGUCUUCGCCGCCAGCCUCUACACCCAAUAAAGGCUCUGCCCUCCCCCCCCCC